AUGUACAAUAAAGGGAAGGAUAGCUUAAAAGAAAUUGAGCAAGCGUUAAGCAAUCUCCGCGGGGAGAUCCACAGCGGACCGUCCAACACUAGAGUCCUUCGAUCGUAUGUAAAGUCUGGACUCAAAGUGCGGUUCGACGAUCGACCUCAAGAAUUUCUCAGUACGAAACCGACACUCAAGAAGAAGGUAGCGCCGAAAACCUCGUCGUUGAGUGCCUUACCGCCUAUAAUUAAUGCGUCAACUGAACCCCUCUCUUCGUCUGUGCGUCACAGGAGCAGCGAGAACCCCAAACCCACCACGACUCUGCGUCUAGAGAGCCCAUUUCAACGGGGUGGUGAGGCCAUCCGAGAUAGAAAAAAUGACGCGAAUGAAACUUCGGACGAAUUCGACAAAACUUCCGAUACCGCCAAACCGGAGGCCGACCACGCCGUUGACGGCCCCCAUCCCCAGAUCGACGCCUGCAUUGAUAAAGGCAUCGCGUUGUAUGACCAACUCUCCGCCGCCAUCGAAGAUUACAACGACAACGACGACGACGACUCUCAAGGAGUUUGUGGAGGGGGGAACGGAGUUGUCCAUUCGGGCCCGGAUGGGCUGCUCACGUGGAAAGUUCUGUCCUGCGGGGAAGGGCCACCCCACGACGAGGGGGCGGACGGCCCUGACGACGAAGGCCCUCCCGCAUCGCCGUUGGCGGGCGGCCGCGCGCACGGCCUUUGCACGUCUUUGAGGCCGAAGGGGCCGGCCUCCUCCACGGCGCCGUCGUCGCGUUCUUUGGGGCCUCGCGGCCCCCUGGCGAGGGAGGGGACCGCCGUGGCCGUGAGCCUGGCCGGGGUCUACGCCCAAACGCUCCAGCGCGAGGCCGUGGAGGCCAGGCGGCGGCGGCAGGCCGUGAAAGACGGCCCCCUCGAGGCCUCCACGGAUUCGGCGGAGCCCCCGCAGCCCCGGCGGGUGGUGAUCCAGGGGCCCUUCGCGCGAAUCACCGCGCCCGUCGGGAUCCUCUUUUGCCCGCAGUGCCAUCGAGGCUUCUCCGCCGACGUCUCGCGGGGGUCCGGGAAGGAUGGGGGGGAAACCAGCGCCUGCCCGUACUGUCCGGCGGCCGAGGAGCCGCCGGCGACUUCCCGGCCUCGGCCAUUUCCCGCCGCCCCAAACGCGAAGCCCGCGAUGUGUGAGGUGGGGUGUGGUAGUGGCGGCGAGGACGCGAACGAGGGCGAGGCGUCCUCGGCGAUGUCCCUGGGGACCCAUGAGAUGGUGCUUUCCGAGACCGUUGGCGAGGAGUUGGCGCAUGCGUGGUCGGAAUCCCUUAAAGGGCUAUACUUCUUGCACUUAUGGGAUGAAGCGACUCGUCUCCAGGCGUGA